CCCUGACUCGGCUGUCGCUCGAUAUCCCGCGCAGUACUAAUUCCAGCGUCGUUCCUCCUCGACUGUCACCGGCUCCCGUCUGUUCUCUCCUUUCUUCAAAGAAACAUACAUAAACACAAACACUCUCCCUCUCUCUUCUCUCACCAAAUCCUCGAUAACCUCUUUCCAACACCCCUUCAAACACACCCAACACUACCAUCAAAAUGUCUGGUCUCAAGGUCGGCGAGCAGUUCCCCGAGAACGUUGCUUUCCAGUACAUCCCCUACCAGGAGGAGACAGCCGACUUCAAGGUCUGCGGUAUCCCCAUUAAGUACGACACCACCAAGGAGUUCAAGGACAAGAAGGUCGUUAUCGUCUCCAUCCCCGGCGCCUUCACUCCCACCUGCUCUGCGUCCCACCUGCCCGGCUACAUUGAGCACAAGGACGAGCUCAAGGCCAAGGGCGUCGACCAGGUCAUCUUCCUCGCCUACAACGACCCCUUCGUCAUGUCCGGCUGGGGCAAGGCCAACAACAUCAAGGACGACUUCAUUGUCUUCGCCUCCGACCCCAACGCUGCCUUCUCCACCUCCAUCGGCUGGAACCAUGGCGAGCGCACCGCCCGCUACGCCAUCGUCGUCGACCACGGCAAGGUUGUCUACGCCGAGAAGGAGACCGAGCUCCAGGGCCUCGAGGUCUCUGGCGCCGAGCCCGUCCUCAAGGCUCUUUAAAGGAGUUCUGUCUUUUCUGAGGACAAUGUUCUUUUUAUUUGCCGUCACCGUUAUGAGAAAUGCCCAAGAAACAUCCAAGACUUUGAAGACACGGGGAUUAGAGUGCGUAGACAAAAGUCUUUUUUAAAAUCCUAGACAGGAUUCGUCCACUCUGCCCACAAUAGAAUUAGAGCAAUGAAUUGGGGGUUAUGAAAACCCGCCCACA